AACAUGUAGUUCGGUGAUCAGUCGAAGACAUGGCUUGCAUGAAGGCGGUAAUUAUCGGUGCGGUGCUGAGUGUGGCGGCGGCGGAGCGGCGCUUCCCCGCCGGGUUCAAGUUCGGCACGGCCACCGCCGCCUACCAGAUCGAGGGGGGCUGGAACGCCAGCGACAAGGGCGAGAGCAUCUGGGACCGCUUCGUGCACACCAGACCGGAGGCCGUCAGCGACCGAAGCACCGGCGACGUGGCCUGCGACUCCUACAACCGAUGGAGGGAGGACGUUCAGCUGCUCGAGGACCUUCAUGCGGACUUCUACAGAUUCUCAAUAUCGUGGCCGCGCCUGCUGCCGACGGGGUUCGCGAACCGCGUGAGCGAGGACGGCGCGCGCUACUACGGCGACCUGAUCGACGCGCUGCUGGAGAAGGGCAUCGAGCCUGUGAUCACGCUCUACCACUGGGACCUGCCGCAGACGCUCCAGGACUUGGGGGGUUGGACCAACCCGCUGAUCUCGGACUGGUUCGCGGACUACGCCCGUGUGGUCUACGACCUGUACGGAGACCGCGUGAAGACCUGGGUUACCAUCAAUGAGCCUACCGUCGUCUGCGACGUUGGGUACACGGGCUACAUAGCUCCAGGGCUGGAGUCGGAAGGGCGCGGGUCGUAUCUGUGCACCAAGCACAUCCUGCUCGCGCACGCGAAGGCCUACAGGCUCUACGAGGCGGAGUACAAGCCUCUAUAUCAAGGACAGGUGUCGCUGACCAACCAGAUGAUGUGGUUCGAGCCGGAGAGCGACGAGGACGCAGAACUCACGGAACUCGUUAAAGCCAUCUCGAUCGACCGGUACUGCCACCCCAUCUUCUCGGCGGCGGGGGGCUGGCCGCCGGCGCUGGAGCGCCACAUAGCACAGAAGAGCGCAGAGGAAGGCGAGCCGCGCUCCAGGCUGCCGCCCUUCACGCAGGACGAGAUCGACCUGGUUAGAGGGUCAUACGACUACCUGGGUCUGAACCACUACACGACGCGCACGGUGCGCGGCGCCGCCCCGGGCGAGGAGGCGGGCACGUUCCUGCUGGACGGGUUCAAGGAGCUGGGCGCCGUGCUGGGCGCCAGGCCGGAGUGGCCCACCACCAUGUCGCACUGGUUCAUGGCCGGAGUGGCCCACCACCAUGUCGCACUGGUUCAUGGUGAGGACGCCAUAUCCCUCUCCUUGUCCUACACUACACUACACGCCGCCCCGGGCGAGGAGGCGGGCACGUUCCUGCUGGACGGGUUCCAGGAGCUGGGCGCCGUGCUGGGCGCCAGGCCGGAGUGGCCCACCACCAUGUCGCACUGGUUCAUGGUGCACCCCGAGGGUUUCCGCGCGCUGCUGUCGUACGUGAAGCAGCAGUACGGCGACGUGCCCAUCUUCAUCCUGGAGAACGGUCUGUCCGACGCCGGCACGGCCCUGGACGACCAGGACCGCGUCGACUACUACCUCCGCGCGCUGCUGUCGUACGUGCAGCAGCAGUACGGCGACGUGCCCAUCCUCAUCCUGGAGAACGGUCUGUCCGACGCCGGGACGGCGCUGGAUGACCAGCCCCGGGUCGACUACUAUAGGAACUACUUGGAACAGGUGCUGCUGGCCAUGGAGCAGGACGGAGUGAACGUGGUGGGCUACACCGCCUGGUCGCUCCUCGACAACUUCGAGUGGAUGGACGGAUACCAGUCUCGCUUCGGUCUGCACCACGUUGACUUCUCGUCGCCGCAGCGCACGCGCACGGCGCGGCGUUCGGCGCGCUACUACGCAGCCGUCGCGCGCACCAAGGACCUCGACGCAGAAUACCAGUUCGACAACAUGGCCGACGAGCUGUAG